UGGGAUACGCGAACAAAACUGGAAGUUCCUGUUUCUCAGAUUUUUUGUUCAUCCGAUAAUGGAAGAAAGUUAAUGUCACCCGCUCUCAUUAAACGCCGUCAAAAUUUAACCGUACAAUCAUGAUUAUUUUUGACAGAAAAUGAAAGAAUUAACAAGUAGAUAUAUACAUCUGAGGAACUGGAACAUUUAAACCUCCAAAAAGAGAAUUCAACGCGCGGAUCGCUACCCCGAGCUCACUGUUUUGCGCCUCCCUGGGCCUGAUGGAGGAGGCAUACGAGGAGCUGUACCGGGAGUUCCUGAGGCUGCGAUCGCUGUGUCUGAAGCAGGCCGCCCUACUCCGCCACCUCACCCAGGCGCUGGCGCAGCAGAAAGCAGCGGCCGCUGCUCCUAAUGCAGACCCCAGGGGACCUGGUGCUGUCCCCAUCCUGUGUACGGAGGACAAACGGGGCUCCACCACUGAAGACUGGGCUCAGGCCAUGGCAAGAUUACUGCCCUCUGCUGGUCAGACGAGAGCCAGCACUGCUGCUGCAGGAGACGGCCGUGCAGCUGAUGUCAUCGCUGGGGGAAUGGACAGGUUGCAGCUCGGGUCUGCAGAGGAGUGCAGAGGAACAGAGACCCACAGAGCGGCCACCAUGGGCCCCUCGGUUUCUCCAGGUUUGAACAGAGAGCCGGCACCCCCCGAUGGCCCAGGGGACGCACUGCAGCCAGAACAGCAAUUGAGGGAGUUGUUCUACAAAGCAGUGGGAGGCAUAAACGGUUUUGAUGCUGGCGAUGGGACAACGCAAAGAAGAAAGCCGCUGUGGAUGUUCAGCUCUUUCCUGGACAGUGAGAUGUUGAGUCAGGGUGGGGGGCUGAUGAUGUCAGAGGUGGCGCUGCAUUCCCAGGUGUGCGAGUUCUGCCACGCCGUCUUUCCGGGGAACACCACUACACGGGGCGAUUUCCUGCGCCACCUGACCGCGCACAUCAUCUGACAAGGUGCCUCCGCAGGACCACAGCGAGGAACCUCCCCUCUCCAGACCGAACCCCCCCUCUCCAAAUGGAACCCCAGACACAAGUCUCAGGCCAAGUGUUAUAACUCAUGAAGAUUUCUUUUCUGUACAUAUCACAUAAUGAACAUGUGUGUGUAUUCAAAUUCAAAACAUUGGUCCUAGCAUACCAGGCAGUCAAGGGAUCAGCCCCAGCAUACCUCCACAAGAUCUUCAAACCCUACAUGCCAGCCAGACCCCUCCGUUCCGCUACCUCAGGACGCCUGGCACCUCCCCCUCUUCGCACUUGCGCUUCCCGGUCACGUCUUCUGUCUGUUCUGGCUCCACGAUGGUGGAAUGACCUUCCCGUGGAGGUCAGAACAGCUGAGACCCUGACCAACUUCAAGCAAUGACUGAAGCCUACCUCUUCAGGCUGCAUCUCUCCCCAUCCCUCCCUACCCCCCUGUAGUCCCUAAUUGACUAUGUUAGCUUAGGGUUGUAGCUAGGUAAGCUGUUUAUCUUAGUUGACUUAGUUAUUGCACUCGUGCCUACUCAAUUAUUGCUUGUAUUAUUUGCAUAGACUGUUUUGUUGCUGCUUUUGUUUGUGUUAAUCAGAUUAACCUACAGGGUCCAAGUUAAACUACGCAGUCGUUCCCUGCACUUGGUACUGUACUUCCCUCUAGGGUUUUCAACACACUUGUUCCUGGUUAUGGUUAUACACUUUGUUGUACGUCGCUCUGAAUAAGAGCGUCUGCCAAAUGCCUGUAAUGUAAUGUGUAUUGCGGUAAAUGGUUUUUUAACAUAUUGUAUUUUUCAAUCUACCAAUAUCUUUAUUAUGACAUAAAAAUAUAUAAUAAGAAAUUAAAUACAUUUCUUCCAGUUUGAUAA